AUGACCACCCGCCCGCUCAGCCCCCCGACCUCCCCCCGCAAACGCACCAAAGCGAUGCACCUCCCGUCGUCGCAACGCAUCUGCCACGACUGGAUGGUCGUGCAAGGCAACGUGCACUACGCGCGCGACCGCGCCCACUUCACAACCUACCGGCCGGUGACCGCGCACCUCAAGAACAACAUUUUCAACCCGAUGGACGAGCUCGAAGUGGCCGGCAUCGGAACCGUCGAGAUCCCCGUCGUCCGCAGCCUCGAUAACCCCUUCGAUACGCAUACAAUCGUGCUCGAGAACGUGCUGCAUAUCCCCGAGGCGGUGUGCAAUGGGUUCAAUCCCCUGCUGUUUGGGAGUAGUAUGUCGUGUACGGAAACGGCGUGGAUGGGGGCGGAUCGCGAGGGUAGGUUGAUGUGGGUGGCGAUGCCGUUUCGGGGGGGUUCGAGCGUGUCUCACGUCGACGAAACCGACCACCCUAAUGUCGAAAUCAAGGGAGGGGUCGGCGACACGGCUCUCGCUGUGGCGACGAGUCUCCAGAAGCCGUCUCUAUGGAGCAAGAGCAUGCUCAAGUUGUAUGGCUGCAUCGCCGUAGCCAUGCUCAACUCCUGCAUCAACGGCUACGAUGGAUCCCUGAUGGGUUCCAUCAACAGCUACGCCCAGUAUCGGGACUACUUCGGCUUCGACCCGAACAACGGCACGCCGUCCACCGGUAUCGUCUACGCCAUCUACACCAUCGGAAACAUCGUCGGAUCGUUCGUAGCUGGUCCAGCUACUGAUUUCAAAGGCCGCCGCGUCGGCAUGGCUCUCGGCUCCCUCUUCAUCAUCAUCGGUACCAUCGUACAAGCAACCUGCCACAACAUUGGCGGAUUCAUGGGCGGACGAUUCAUCCUCGGUUUCGGCGUCGCCAUUUCCGCCACAGCUGGUCCGGCUUACGUCUCGGAGAUGGCGCAUCCGGCGUACCGUGGUGCCAUGACGGGUCUAUAUAAUGUGCUGUGGUUCGGAGGCGGUAUUCCGGGGACGUUUAUCCCGUGGCGCACCAGCCAGAUCGAGGGGACGAUGAGUUGGCGGAUCCCGAUCUGGUUGCAGAUGGUGUUUUCGGGGUUGGUGUUAAUAUUUGUGCCUUUUGUUGCGGAGAGUCCCCGCUGGCUCAUCUCACAAGACAAGCACGACGCCGCGCUGCAAGUCCUGGCCGACUACCACGGUGACGGGGACAGGAACGCCCCCAUCGUGCAGCUCGAGUACCGCGAAAUGAUCGAGGAUAUCUCCCAGACUGGGUCUGAUAAGCGGUGGUGGGAUUAUCGCGAGUUGUUCAAUACUCGGGAAGUGCGGUAUCGGUCUAUGUUGGUUAUUAUCAUGGCAUUGUUCGGCCAAUGGACCGGCAACGGCCCCGUCAGCUACUACUACCCGCAAAUGCUACGCGGAGCGGGCAUCACAGACAACAACACGCAGCUGAUGCUGCAGGGUGUGCAGAACGUUGUGUCGUUCCUCGGAGCCGUAUCGGGAGCACUCAUCACCGACAAAAUGGGCCGACGUACGCAGCUUCUCGUGUCGACCAGUAUCGUGGUGGUUUUAUUCGCGAUUGUGACAGCCUUGAACGCAACGAACGUGGUUGACGGGCCUGAUGGCACGCCUAUUGCCAAGAGCGCAGUUGCGGCGCGGGCGCAGAUCGCCAUGAUUUAUCUCUUCGGGUUUGUGUAUUCGGCUGGCUGGACGCCAAAUCAGGCGAUGUAUCCCGUGGAGUGUCUGCGGUAUGAGAGUCGGGCGAAGGGCAUGGGGAUGAAUAAUUUCUUCGUCAACAUCGCCUCGUUCUAUAACACCUUUGUGACUGGUAUUGCGUUCACCCAGGCCGGAUGGAAGUAUUACUUCCUGUUUAUCUUCUGGGAUACGAUGGAGGUGAUUGUGAUCUACUUCCUGUUUGUGGAGACGAGUAAGCGCACGCUGGAGGAGUUGACUGCUAUCUUCCAGCAGAAGAAUCCGGUCAAGGCGUCGUUGAAGAAGCAGGAUCUUACGGAGAUCGAGGAGAUGAAGUAA